UUGUUUUUCCGGGAAGAGAUGUGUUUUGGCAGCGAACAUUUCGUGUAUUUAUUGAGUGCACGACAGCGAGUAGUGCAUUUUAAUUCCAGAAAUGUUGUCUGUCAACUCUUUGAGGAUUGUUGGCUCAUCCCGGGCUGUACUGCACUCAAGCUGGCUAACCACCAACCGAGUGCUUGUUUCUAAAGCUGUUACAUGUACAGCUUACUGUAUGUCUACCAGCCUCCACAGGAAGGGCACAUGGCACAGCAACAUGAACUUCAGAGCACUCAGAAAGGGGAGAGAGCUGUUUUACUUCACUAAUCAAUCCGCUUCACCCAGGAAUUGCUGCACAAGUCAAAUUAAAUUGAACUGUUGGAAUUGUAAGCAUCUUCUUGACAAAAGACCUGCAUUUUUCUGCGUGUCAUGCAAAGCAGUGCAGCCCCCAGUAGAAGGGACAUCCUACUUCAAGAUCAUGGAUUGUGACUACACAUUCACACUGGACACACAAAAGCUGCAGAAAACAUACUUGCAGCUCCAGCGGUCUCUUCAUCCAGACAACUUCAGCCAGAAAUCUGUGAAAGAACAGGAGUAUUCAGAAAGCCAGUCUGCUCUCGUUAACAAAGCAUACGGCACUCUGCUUAAGCCUUUGAGUCGUGGUCUUUAUAUGCUGGAACUAGAGGGAAUGAAUAUAGAAGAGGGCACAGACUCUGGAGCUGAUUCAAAUUUUCUAAUGAAGCUGAUGGAGAUUAAUGAGGCCCUCGAUGAAGCACAGGCUCCAGAAGAGGCCAUUAUGAUUGGCCGAGAUAUAAAAGGAAAACUGGCAGACUUGACAGCGCAUAUAGAUGCUGCUCUUCGUAAAGGAGAGCUACAGGCCGCAAAAGCAAUACUUGUCCAAAUGAAAUACUAUGCAAACAUUGAAGAGAAAGUAAAGGAAAAACUUUCAGAAUUCCUGUAGUUUUCUCACUAUUUAAACCACUUUAUAAAACAUUUUUGACACUUUAAAAUGUUCUGUAUAGAAUUGCACAAUCUAUUGUACAUUUAUCUUGGGAGCAUGUAAUGGUAUUUUUAAAGCUGAAUAAUAAAACUUUACUUGUAAUGCA